AUGGCUAAUGGUCCUUGCGCAAUGUUCGGAGAUUUCAAUACUAUUUUGAAUGCUGAUGAGAAGAAGGGUGGAGUGCCUCAUACUUUUUCCAAGAUCUUGGACUUCAUAAGUUGUAUGGAUGAUUGUGGUCUUAUGGUCACUCAAUUCACUGGAGGUGCUUACACUUGUUGUAAUGGUAGGAGAAUGAGGUGGAGAAUCAGUAUGAGACUUGACAGAGAACAAGAGGGUUUUGUAGAUGUGGUCAAGGAAGUUUGGGACAAUGAGAUCACGGGAAACCCAAUGUGGAGAUUACAAAAUAAACUCAAAAACCUUUCUAAAGCUCUUAGCAAAUGGUCCAAAGAAUGCAUUGGAGACGUUUAUGAUAUUGUCAAACAAAAGAAGGAACAUAACAAGUUAAUGGAGAAGCAAUAUGAAAUGAAUAACCCCGAUCACAAUAGAAUCCUUUUUCACAAAUCUCACACUGAUUACAUUAAAUGGCUGAAGCUUCAAGAUUCCAUUCUGAGGCAAAAAGCUAGAGUCAAGUGGGCAGACAAAGGUGAAACUAACUCCAAAGGGAGAAGAAGAAAUGCUCAAAUCCUUAGGAUUAAGGACUCUACUGGCAGAUGGUUAGACAAUACUGACCAAAUAUCCCAAGCAGCAAUUGAUUACUUCAGCAAUAUUUUCACUCACCCAAAUGAUACCGGAGCUUCCACUAUUCCUACCGAGGAGGAGGUUAAGGCUGCUGUUUUCUCCAUGGAUCCUAAUAGUUCUGUAGGUCCAGACGAAUAUAAAGUAUGCUUUUUCAGUUUGCUUGGAACACUGUUGAGCAAGACAUUACUAAAUAUGUGA